CCUGGCUAAAAAUAUAAAACAAAGGGUGCUAAAUGCAGAGCUGAUUUAUAGACAAAAUAAAAAUAUAAAAUAGCGUGAUUUAGAACAUUCCAAAAAAUGACGGACACGGAGGAAGCACAAUCUGCCACAACAACAUCAGCCACAUCCAUUGCAACACCAACCGACAAGGACGCAGCAAAGAUUUGCGUUUUGCUAAAUGCAACUGGCAAUGUGCCCAUUAUAAAGAAACGUACAUGGACCGUGGAUCCCAAUAAGACAGUCAGUUGGAUACAAAAGUUUAUACACAAAUUCCUCAAACUUGACGCCAAUGAACAAAUCUUUUUAUAUGUAAAUCAAACAUUUGCACCUGCGCCGGAUCAGAUCAUUAAAAACUUGUACGAAUGCCAUGGCACCAAUGGCAAAUUGGUCUUAUAUUAUUGUAAGAAUCAGGCGUGGGGCUAAAAAUCGACACGCAGCUGGCUACUUAAAUAAGUAUUUAUU